CUUCAUAUCACUGGACUCUACACUUUCCUCCCAUCUGAUCUUCCUGACACACACACUAUGGAGAUCCAGCCGCAUAGGCUGUCAGGCAGCCUGAGAUGGAGCCCUCCUCAGAAGACCCCCACCUCUGCUGGGCCACCCGGCUCCUGGGACUCACCAGCCUCCUCCUCAGCAUCUGCAGCACAGUGGCCCAGAAUUCUGGACCACGUGAUUCUGAAGCUCAGGAUUCUGGAUUUGUUCCCAUGUAUGGGAUACGAGGAGGUUCUGUGUUGUUUCAUGUGAUCAAGGAGCAAGAAGCUGACCCAGAGGAGGUCUCAUGGGGCUUUGGUCCUGAGUCAAACUACAGAGUCCUGCUGCGAGUCCGCCGUGGGGCAGAAACCCCAACCUGGGUCAGCCUUCAGGACAAGUACCAGCAGAGGGUCCAUGUACCCAGCGUGAGGUCUCUGAAGAUUGAGAGCCUGACCUCCGAGGACAGUGGGCAGUACCGGGCUCGAGCCAGCUUCACUGGAGGAAUAGAACGUACCGAGGUUUUCCACCUCACUGUUGAUGAGCCCGUGAUCCAUCCUGAGAUCCUGGUCAAGUCAUCAUCCAUCACACCAGGCUGGUGCAAUAUCACCCUGGAGUGUGACGUCCCAGGAAACAGAGAAGACCUGAGUGUGACCUGGGAAAGCACGGGCCUUCCCAGGGAGCUGGAGUGGAGUGGGACACCAGAACUAGCCCCCAAUACCUGGGAACUGACUGUGAACUUGUCCCUGAUCCAGUCCAGUGCCACCCUCACCUGUGUGGUCAGCAACCAUGUGGAGAAGAAAACUGCCUCUGUAGACUUUGCACAAGUCUGUUCCCAUGGUUCACAAGAACAGACCAUUUCUGGCCCCUUUGGAAUCCUCCUAUGUAUCACUGUGCUUGUGCUAUACUUCCUGGGAACUGGACUGUGCGUUUGGAAAAUAUAUAAGAGGGAAAGGAACAUGGAUACUGGAAGAGGAGCAGCAUUGCAGGAGGACCAGAGGAACCAUGAUGAUGGCAAUGGGACAGAGCAGAGUUAAGAGGAGUAUCAAGAAGGCAUGGACCAGGCACAUUCUGAGAAAGGCCCUGUGAGAAUAGGGCCGGAAGGUGGCAGCCUGCAGCCAGGGAGAGAGCUCUUCCCAGAAACUGGUUCAACUGGCACCUUGAUCCGGGACUUCUC